UAUUGUACUUGCGCUCUUCGUCUCGUAACUUUCCAGGCCCUGAAGUUGAACUUCAGCGGCAGACUUGACCUCUAGUCCUGCCAAACUGAUCGCUCCGUCCAAUAUCCUGAAGCCUGGUCUUUCCUGGAUACUAUUGGCGACAUAAUUCAAAGCGCUUCAUGAUGCCAUCUCGGUCAACGAUGCUACGCCUUUCGGUCUGCACGCUAGUUCUGUUCGUCUCUUCCGCUACCGCCGGACUGUAUCCUACUCGUCCCAUCGCUAGCACGGUCUUGAGCGCGGGUCGCAUGUCAACAAUUACAUGGAUCAACGACGACACUCAGCCUUCUCUCUCGCAAAUGGGCCCAGUUCGCAUAGAUUUGUUUUCCGGAGAUGACAACUACGUUGCAACGUUGGCGCAGAACGUCGAACCAACGAGGCGCUCGAAGUCGGUCUGGAUAUCGCCGACGCUGGGACCCAACGGGUCGGACUACCACUUGCGUUUCAUCUGCGAGGACCCACCGAUGACUGUCUACACUGCUGGGUUUACUCUGUCCGCAAUGGACGACACACCUCCGUACCAUCGCUCUAGCAGAGCCGAGACUCGGUCGACCACCUACUCUGCCCUGGAAAACAACGCGACGAGCUCCUUCUCGACCUUUUCCGCGGCCCCUACGAGCAUGAACAUCUCGGCUUCGUCCUCGUACUCCUCUAGACCAUCAAGUAGCUCACUUAGCAGCUCCUACGCCGUGCCUACGUCCACCAGCAACACAUAUAGGCAAAAGGCUCACAGCAGCACGGGCAGCAGCGGAUCCUGGAAACGAAACACCGUAGACACGGAGCGGCUCAAGUUUCGACUGGUCUUCGUCCUCUGGCCGCUCCUGGUCGGCAUGACGAUGGCCCUCUAGUCGUCCGCCGGAGACCCUUGAGGAACGAGCUUCGUACACGCUAAUCGGACGCCUUGGACUCUACGUUUGCCCUAGAUUGUACUUUUGAAUUCGGAUUGUAUCACUAGAUCAUAGAUGUGUAUUUCGUUUCCUUGUAUCUCCUUCGACUACAGCCUAGCGUCUCCUCUGUACUGUACCACAUAGCUAAUUUUCAGACGUGGUGUCGCACCUUGA